CGGCCAUAGGAGCAUCACAUUGGCGCCCGGAACCUGCAUCUUAGAAGUCAGAUGAAGAGCUAGGCACGUGGUACGUGAAGUAUUUGGUCGACCCCUAGGACAUGUGGCUGCUGACACAUAGGAUGCUUCAGACAUGUCGAAGUGGUUUGCAACGACUGUUGUUUAUACAAGCAUUAACUAUAUUGGACUGCAAGAACUGUUCCGACGUUGUCAUCGAGUUCUGCAAGACUAUGUACCCGGCACCGGUAUCGGAUGCCCAUCUCUUUCCCCGGAAUCCUGCUGAUAAGAUAGAUAACAGUGAGUGGAAUUUUCCUGCACGAGGCAUGGUGACGUUUUCUUCCGACUGUUCGAUGCUAGUCAUCGGUCUUCACUAGAGUGGACCUCACGAAUCAUUGUUCGAAACGAUUGUUGGAUAAAACUCCAUGGAUGACCCUCCUGGCCUUUGAAAGCGAGCACCGGACAAAGAAAGGCUUUAUUGCCUCAGAAGAUCGUCCGGGCGUAUCUCGGAAAGAUCAAUUAGAGUUCGCCGGGGA